ACUGGCAUGAAUAAGAGCAAAUCCCCCGACAAGGUAGUCCCUCUCAGCUUAAAACGAAAGCACUCUGACUCCGAAUCGAAGACUCGGGAUCCGCCUGUACCUCUUUCGUCCAUUCCCGUUCCUUCCAAUGUCUCAAAAAAAACAAAGCCAUGUCUUCCUACUAAAAGGAUCUGUCUCAGUCUCCCCAGCAAGUCUCUGUCGGAUAAUGCAAAGAAGGAGACCUUGAAGCUCCAACCAGUGAGCGGUGAUGUCGCCAAAGUUUUUGGUCAGGAUGAGGAGGUAGGAAGUGAGGAGGAGGAGAUGCCCAUGGAAGCGCGGAUUCGCAUGCGAAACAAGGGACGGGAAACGCCAACCUCAUCCGGUCCCAAUUCCUUCGGAAAGAGUCGUUACGGAUUUAUUGACAGACGAGCUCUCCAGAAUAAACAGCUGGAGGCUUUGAAUGAACGAGUUUCCGGAGAUAACGAGGACAGAUUUUACGUGGUUUUGGAUCCACAUCAAAUAGUUUGCUACCGCUGUCUGCUCCUGUACACUAUGUACCUUCAAUUUGUGAUGAUGGCUGUCAUCGCAUUACACAUCCUGACAAUUCUGUUGGCUAUGUUAACGAUGGAGAAAGUGGAGGCGUUGUGUGGCUUUGGUAAGGUGAUUUAUCCCAAUCGCUUCUUGCAGUUUCCAAUCACCAAAAUAGUAGUGCCUCAUCAUGCUGACAUUGGUACCCGAUGGGUGACUCCGGACGGCCACUUUGACUGUACCGUCUUCGGUGUGGACGCCUUGCGACCCUAUGUGCUGGAGGUCAGCUGCUGCCUCAUUCAAUCUACCGACCUUCAACCCUGGGGUGCAAUUAAAAAGAGGCGUCUACUCAGCAGCAUUCAUCAAAUCUUUAUGGAGGGUGCCUUAACUUGA